GUUGAUGGAAAACUACACCUACAACAGCUUCACUCUCCAGAUGGAGGGGUUAAAAAUCACAAAGGAAACCAUGUACCCUGUCUUUUUCUUGUACUUAACUUCCUAUAUUGUUAUAAUGGUUAUGAAUAUUGGGAUUUCCAGUCUAAUUGUCAUAGAUAAGAACCUUCACCAGCCCAUGUAUCUCCUGUUGUGUAGCCUGUCAGUGAGUGACAUCAUCGGAAGCACUAAUAUUAUGCCCCGGCUGCUGUCAGACAUCCUGCGUCCGCCCUCCGAGCGCCUCACCAGCUACUACGAGUGUGUGCUGCAGGCGUUCACCACUCAAUUCUUCGGCACCACCUCUCACACCGUGCUCAUGAUCAUGGCCUUUGACAGAUACGUGGCCAUCUGUAAUCCUCUGCGUUACGCCGCCAUCAUGACCAGCAACAUGGUGGUCAAGCUGACCGUGUCUGCCUGGGGCGUGGCCUUUGUUCUGGUGGGGAUUCUGCUGGGUUUGACCAUAAGACUGAACCGAUGCAGGACUCUGAUCAUGAAUCCGUUCUGUGACAACGCCUCGCUGUUCAAACUCUCCUGUGAGAGUGUGUUUAUUAACAAUGUUUUCGGGCUCACCUACACCGUGGUCCUUCUCUCAGCUUCUAUCGGCAGCAUAGUUCUCACCUACGCUAAGAUCACAGUCGUGUGUGUGACCAGUAAAAAUCAGUCUCUGAACAGUAAGGCCCUGAAGACCUGCAGCACUCACCUGAUGUCGUACCUGAUCAUGCUGUGUAGUGGAUUUAUUGUCAUCAUUCUGCAUCGCUUCCCUCAGUACUCCGACUACAGGACACUUUCGGCCAUUCUUUUUGUCCUCGUCCCUGGAAGCCUCAACCCCAUUAUUUAUGGUGUCCAGUCCAAAGAGAUACGAACGUUUCUAUUUGAAAUGUUUUGCAGAAGAAAAUGUUUGGUGUGUGAAGUCAGCGGGAGCACCGCCAGCCUCGCAGUUAGCCGCCCGGGUACAGCCGGGGACCAACCCGUCACCGAGCAGCCGGCUGCCGCUGCCGCCGGCUGGCAAGCCGGGCACUGA